ACGGUCGCCAUUUUGUAGAAUAAAUGUUUUCUCAGAUCGCGGGUAUCCAAGAUCGUUUCGUAACUGAAAAAAUACUACAUGAAAAAAAGUCAUUGCAUAUGAAUUUGAGAAAUUAAAAUCUAUUGAUUAAAGCAUACCUUAAUAUUUUGUUUAAAAAUCGCGAAAGUUUUAAAGAAGACUGAAAAAAGAAGUGUUUUUUCGAUAAAGAGCUAUGCAUACGCUCGUGCAGUGGAGGAUACCAAAGGGAACCAAGAAGACACUCUUGGCUACGUGAGAAAAAUGUCUUCUACACAUGACAAAAGACCAGCUUCUCCAGGAAACAUUCAGCCAUCCGCCAAACAACCGAAGCGCGAACAGAUAUUAAUAUCUUCCUCUGGAGAUAUUAAUAAGGAUGGUACUGUUAAUUCGUCGGCAAGAAAUUUAAGUAACAUCUUUUUCAACCGAGAAGUUGAACAAGUCACAAAUGCGAGUGGAAGAAGAAGAGACUCGCGUCUUUCUGAGAAUAGAGAACCUGGCACAGAAAAUAAAAGACUGAAUAUAUUAAAUAUUAAUAAUAGUACUAGUACCGAUGAUAAAGACGAUAGCGAUAUAGAAAAAUUACAGUUAAAGAACGAUUUAAAACAUAUUCAGUUAAAAGAAUUGAGGAUUAUAUUGAAGGAUAUGAAAUACGAUACCAAAAAUAGAACGAAUACAUCGUCGUCAGGAAACGAUUUAUGGGAAGUAGAGAAGAUUCUUGGAAAAAAAGAGAAAGAUGGGAUGAUAAAUUAUUUAAUUAAGUGGAAAAAUUGGGGCCCGGAGUACAAUAGCUGGGAACCAAUGUCGAAUUUGGUACAUUGCACGGAUAUAUUAGAAGAUUUUGAGAGAGAGAGAUUGAAAUUGCUCAAUAGUUUCAAGAAAAGGGCGAACUUUUAUCCGAACAAUCAAGACAUCGAGGAAUUCUUAAGGGAACUUAGAUACAAGGGGAAAAUGAUAACGUCGAUCUCGACAGAGCACAAUCAAUUAUUUACCUCUAUGAGAAAUUUCUUGAAACAAAAAUUUGUUAAAAAUAAUAAAUUGCGACUUAUACAAGACGGUAUCCUUUGUAUGUUGAUCUGUGAUUUGAGAAGAAAACAGUUGGACACGUUGAAUGCCUGGGAAAACGAAAUGAACAGUAUCACUAAAGGUAAACCGUUAAUACGGGUUGAAAACGAAGUAGAUCUAGAAGAAGCACCUCAAGAUUUUUAUUACAUAGACGAAUAUUUGCCUGGCGCUGGAGUGAUAAUACCUGAUGAUCCACCUAUCGGUUGCGAAUGCAAGACUCUAUGCAACUCUAAAGCAAAAUGCUGCUUUACUCAGUACGGCGGAUUCUGUCCCUACACUACGACAUCGAAGAUAAGAGUUCCACCCGGGACACCAAUUUACGAAUGCAACAAACGAUGUACUUGCGACAUGAAUUGCGUGAAUCGAGUGGUCCAACGUGGCACCGAGAUGCAACUCUGUAUUUUUAGAACUACCAACGGUAGAGGUUGGGGUGUAAAAACUUUGCAAGCGAUCAAAAGGGGUUCCUUUGUAACGCAAUACGUUGGGGAAGUGAUUACGAACGAAGAAGCGGAUAAACGUGGCAAAGAAUACGAUGCUGCCGGUAGAACUUACCUCUUCGAUUUAGAUUAUAAUGAGACUGAAGAACAGUGUCCUUACACUGUCGACGCUGCGAUGUAUGGCAACGUCUCUCACUUCAUUAAUCAUUCCUGCGAUCCAAAUUUAGCGGUCUACGCUAUUUGGAUCAAUUGUCUUGAUCCUAAUCUCCCUAAACUCGCUUUAUUCGCGACCAGAGAUAUCAAAAGGAACGAAGAGAUCACUUUUGAUUACAUGUGCCAAUCUUCGAAAAAUAGCGACAAUUCUAUAAGACAAGAUGUAUCGAUAACGGAGGAUUUAAAUACCAUUAUCACAGAAAAAGAUUUCGAGAUACGACCAGACACGCCGGAAUCCGAUUUGUCGAAUAACAAGACUUUAUGUAAAUGCGGGGCUCAAAAUUGUAGACGAUAUUUAUUUUGAAUUUGAAUUUUCAAGAUCGUUACAUUAUAUUAGUAUUACAUAAAGUUAUGCAAAUACUGACUUAAGUUUUAGCUGUUUUAAUAAUCCUGUUUGAGAAUUACGUACGUUUCGCAGGAGUAAAACCAAUCUAUUUGGUACUAAAAUCAAAGUCUACAUUUAUAAUUUAUUGUUCACUCUAGUAAACAUUAUUUUUCUUUUACAUUAUGUUUAAAUUACGUCAGGUAAGUGGAUCGAAGUAUUUAAGAAAGUAUAUGAAUGCAGAUAAUGUUACAAUGAUUGUUGACAAGCACGUGCAUUUGUCCAAAGUAAUUGUAAAGGAAUUGUUAACACAUAAAUCGGAAAUGAUAUAUUUUAUGAUUUUGCAUACGUCACGUCGAUGUUUUUUCACGAACUUAAUGGCCCAACAUGUUCAUUCACUUCGAUACAAGGUGACUUGCGUUUCACUUAAGUAUAAACAAUUACUGUGACUCUCUAUACAUUAUAAUAAUGUUCAGAUAAAGGAGAUCGAUUGUUUGUAUAGAAAAACAGUUAUGAUUUUAGAAGAGAACAAUUAUUUUUGUUAAACGAAUUAAAUAUUAUCUGUUAGACUAACGUGACAACGAAUAGAGGUGCAAUUACAGUGGCUUACAUAAUUGAUUAAGUUUUUUAAUAAGUAUGCGCAUUUUGAUUUUGACAACAAAAGAAGAUAUUAGAAUAGAAACAGAACUCACUUUACAGUUUUCUUCGAGUAUCUUCUUUCAGUAUUUGCUCAAGUCGUCUUCCGUUCGUUCUUGCAGAAUUCACGAACAUAGUAAUGUUCGUUACUUAGUCGUUCUAUCUAUGUUUAAUUAUAUAACAUACGUUACCAUUUAUAUAGUCAUAAAUAAUUAUGUGGCCUCCGCCAAACUUGAGUGUCAAGUAAUCAUAAUGUAGUGUCUUGUUUACUUUUCAAAUUCUUGAAAAAAUACAUGUGCGUGUGACGCGUGUUGUGAUAUUUUCUGGAAUUUGUAAAACAUCCGUUCAAUUGUGUGAGUCGCUGUAUAUUGUACGACUUGUUUGUAUAUUUUUCAAUUUAACAAUAGAAACCGUGGAUAGUGAGUUUUCAAGAUUAUUUGUUUUUAUACGUGCAUCCUCUUUCACUGGUAUGCCCUUUUCUGCAGAGAAGUAGUUACAUUCUAUCUCCUUUGUAUUAAUGUUUCUGUGAAACUAUGAUACCGUGUCGUUACGUAAAAUUAGCAUUUAAUUUUUUAGUUCGUCUGAUUAUGAAAUAACAUUAUUAUAUUGAUACCAUGUAGUAGACAAUUUUUUAAUCAAACGAGACAAAGUGAUGCAAUUGAACUCGAUAUAGAAGGACGCUAUACGCGUCUUGCUUAAAACUUAACAAAAUGUUCGUGUAACAAUUUCAGUAAAUCUUUAAUGUUAUGCACGCACACACUCUGCAUACUGUAUUGUACGUUAAAAUUUUCUAACGAUCUUUAAACUAUAGAAAAAUCGAAAGUUAAGAAAAUUAAUCUUGAAGAUUUAUUAUUCUCCUAUAAAUCAAUCAAGUUAUACCGAAGUUAGGCAGUAGUUCUACAAUUUUGUACCUUUGUUUUGCUAAUAGAAAAUUGAGUUACUUAGAAGCAAAUAUUUUAAUUUACAUUUUUAAAUUAUUUAAAGUUAUACAUGUGUAUAAGAAUAUUUGGUGUUCUCUUUAUGUACUUGUAAUGCACAAAUGAAUAAAUGUUAAUUGUUACAUCGAUAA